ACCAAACCUGACCUCCAUAAAACACCAUCUUCUAACUCUCUUUCCUGGUCAGAGCCAGCCCAAUUGCAGACAUCCUCGCCCUCUACAGCUCAACCAACCUCGAUUCACAAUCACCGCCAUCAUGGGUGUCACCAAGACCACGCGUGUGGAGGGUGACGGCGCCAAGCCCGUAAACGGUCAGACCGUCACCAUCGAGUACACCGGCUACCUGAAGGACACCAGCAAGCCCGACAACAAGGGCGCCCAGUUCGACUCGUCUGUUGGCAAGUCCGACUUUGUCGUCAAGAUCGGUGUCGGCCAGGUCAUCAAGGGCUGGGACGAGGGCGUCACCCAGAUGAAGGUCGGCGAGAAGGCCACCCUCGACAUCACCGCUGACUACGGCUACGGCGCCCGUGGCUUCCCUGGCGCUAUCCCGCCCAACUCGGAUCUGCUCUUCGACGUCCACCUCAAGAAGGUGCAGUGAUGGCCGUUUGGGUGGGCUGCAGCUUCCAAGUUUCACAUCCAGUUUCAUAGUCUGACGGUGACCUUUGCUGGGUCAACUAAAGGACUGAUGCAUGCUGAAUGUUGUUGGGUGGAUGGAAAACGAAAUGCGAGAAAUGAGGCAUGGGAAACGUUGGUAUACGUUGGAGCGGGCUAAUAUGCUCUGCGCUGUCGCGUAGAGGCUUCUGUAGCCCAGUUGGAGUGCGAGUGCGAGUGGCGGUCUCGAAGGGCUGUCUGUCCUAUGGGGCAAUCUUGCCAGAGGGUGAUCAAUCCAACAGCCUCCAUCACUUUCUCUUUGACCGCGUGAUGGCCUGCCGUGGCCUGGGCCCUGCUCCUGCCGAGAGCGAU